GCGAAGUGGCGGUGUGUUAAGGCCGUUGAUUCCCUGAAAGUGACCGAUUUGAUUUUCAGGCAGUUUUUGAUAUCCUUUCAAAAUUUGUGGGUUAGGAAAAUGUUUUCGCCGGAUGUUUGGGAGCUCCGGCGGACAACGGCGGGACAGAUCGGCGAAUCCCAAGGUAAAACUAGUGUAUAUUUCGACGUUACUGCGGAUGGUGAAUUCCUGGGGCGUAUCGUGAUGGAAUUGCGAGCGGACGUGGUGCCUAAAACCGCCGAAAAUUUCCGAGCACUAUGCACGGGAGAGCGAGGUUACGGUUUCGAGCAAUCCCGUUUCCACCGCGUUAUUCCGAAUUUCAUGUGCCAAGGGGGAGAUUUCACGAAUAACGACGGUACUGGAGGUCGCUCCAUUUACGGCGAAUCGUUCGAUGACGAGAACUUCGAGUUGCUUCACAACGAGCCCGGUAUCUUAUCUAUGGCCAAUGCUGGGAAGAACACUAACGGGUCGCAGUUCUUUCUGACCACGGUUGACACUCCGUGGCUCGACGGAAAGCACGUUGUGUUUGGGAAGGUAGUCGACGGGUUUGAAGUGGUGAAAAAUAUCGAGAAAUAUGGUUCGGAAAGUGGGGCAACCGUCAGAGAUAUAAGGAUUCACAAAUGUGGUCAGCUGUAAUGAUCGCCUUUAUUCGUCCGUUAACCCUGUCCCCUAUUAUGCAUCGAAGUAUUUUGGAGGUAAAUUCUGCGGUUCUUCGCGCACGACUUUCGCUCUGAUUUACUUGAUUUUCGUAGUAAUUACGCGUGGUCGUCCAGUCAUCUAGAUCAAUUUUGCCAAAGGUGGUAUGUGGUGUUCGAAAACUGACGAAGCAAGAUCAACCGUAUCGUUUGACAACGAUGUGUUUCCCUGUGAAAUACGCCGUGAACUUACCAGUAAAGCUAGAGCAUAAGUUUUGCGAUUAAAAAAUCGAUCGUGUCCUUGACCUUGAAUACAGCGUCGAUUAAAUUUACGUCGUUGCUCAUUCGUUAUGCCCAUAGAAUUUCAAUGUGUUUAAGAUUAGUUUCAAUCCUCUUUCAAAAUGGUGCUAUUUACGAAAAACAAGAUGUAAUUUUCUUAAGAUACGUGACAUUUGAUUGUGGGAUUUUCCUGAGCGCUCUGAACGUAAUUUCAUCUAGCCACUGUUAUUAAGAAGGUCUUCAAACUCUGGAUUGUUUGCUCAUUCAUUCUGCCUCUGGAAAUUUGCGCGUGUUGAAGUUUAGUUCCAAUCUUCUUGCGAAGUGGUGCUACGUACGAAGAGCGUGAUGUAUUUUUCUCCAGAUAGGCACGGAAUACCUGAUGGCGGGAUUUUCCUGAGGGCUUCGAGCGUAGUUUUACCUCGCGAAUGUUAUUGACAAGCGAUCAUCGGAUUUAUGUUUCUGAAUUGCUCAUUAGUCGAAGG